AUGAAGAUUGAUGCAACAGAGCUCGCGAAGCACAACAAUCGAAAGUCUUGCUGGGUAUUCAUACAUGGCGAAAUUUGGGAUGUGACAGACUUUCUUGAUCAACAUCCUGGCGGUGCAAGUCUAAUACUCAAACUGGCUGGUAAAGAUGCAUCCGACGAGUAUGAUCUCUUCCACAAUCCUGAGCUUGUCAAGGAGACUCUUGGACCGGAUGCACGAAAAGGAACAAUUGAUGUAACAACUAUUCCAAUAAUGGACAAGAAAUCAGAGCCAAGGGAAGAAGCCAAAAGAAGCCCGCCACUGAGCUCUAUGAUCAGUGUCAAUGACUUCGAAGGCGUGGCAGAAAAGACAAUGACACCAACCGCAUGGUCCUACGUCUCUUCUGGAGCUGACGACGAGAUCAGUAUGAGAGAGAACGCAGAUGCCUACCGCAAAGUCUUUCUACGAGGUCGAGUAUUACGAAAAGUUGGCAAAGUGGAUUGCAGCACAAACAUUCUUGGCUAUCCAUCUGCUUUACCAAUCUAUACUUCACCCGUCGGACUUGCGAAGCUAGUACAUCCAUCAGGAGAAUGUGCUAUUGCUACGGCUGCUGGUAAGGAAGGCUGUAUACAAGUUGUCAAUACAGUCUCCAGCAUGCCGAUUGAGGAUAUCAUGAACGCACGAAUAUCAAAGGAUCAACCAGUCUUCUGGCAGCUAUACGCAGACAAAGAUUUGGAGAAAUCGAAAGCGUUUAUCAAACGAGUCGAGAAAGCCGGUGUGGCUGCGAUUUGGCUGACAGUCGACUCACCGGUAGUCGGCAAUCGUGAGCGAGACGAAAGAUCGAAAUCAGUCGCUGACAAGAUCGAAGAAGUGGUCGAAACAACACAGAGCGUCGGCAUCGCAAAAGCGAAUACUGGAUUCAUAAACGCCGACCUUGACUGGGAUAUAAUUGACUGGCUACGAAAAGCUACAAAGCUACCUAUUGUCAUCAAGGGUAUUCAAACAGUUGAAGACGCUGUUGCUGCUUUUGAUCAUAAAGUCGAUGGUAUUGUUCUCUCGAAUCAUGGAGGACGAUCUCAAGAUACAGCGCAGCCGCCCCUUCUUACCCUCCUCGAAAUUGAUCGAUAUGCUCCACAUAUUUUACACAAACACAUGCAAGUUUUCGUGGACGGUGGUAUCAGGAGAGGUACCGACAUCAUCAAAGCACUGGCGUUGGGAGCGACUGCAGUUGGCAUCGGCAGACCGGUCUUGUUCAGCAUGUCAGGUGGCUACGGCGAACAUGGCAUCAGACGCACGAUCCAAAUAUUGCGAAACGAGCUACAGACAAACAUGGCCUUCAUCGGUGCCAGUAACGUCAGGGAGAUAGAGCGCAACAUGAUCAAUACCAGAAAGCUAGAAAGGAUGAUAGUAGGCUCUGUCAAGCUUUAG